AUGGUAGCUAGUUCUUUGUUAUCUAUAAAAGUUGAGAGUGAUGGAGGAUCGGUACAGAUACGAGAAUUUGGAGGUGGAGGUCGAGUGAUAGCACACGUUACAGCAAAAGUGAAAGACGGCUUGCCUGUACCACAUUUAAGCCUUUGGCUGGAUUGGAUGUUAAAAAUCUUUAAUCAACAAAACAAGCCAGUCGUUUGGUGCGUUGACUUACGCAAUGUCGCCUGUCCCAGGGUCGACCAAAAUGUCCCACAAAAGUAUUUGUUACCCAACACUGCUUGUUGUGCUGGCUUCGUAGUCCAACUAAUAAAAUAUCUGAAAGAUUAUGUUACAUCACCGGACAGCAACACAACGUCGUUCGAGUAUCCAUAUAUGACUUCUCACGAUAAACUUGUUUCCAUGCAGAAUGUUGUUCACGGAGUACGCGACGGAGGUUUUUCUAUGUUGCGCUAUUUGAUGGCAUUUGAUGCAAAAACUCCUGCUGAACUGGAGAAAAUAAAAUACGCUGAAGUACAGUGGUAUAAAAAGCUAAGGGUAAUUCGGUUUUGGUAA